CCGCCGUUUGUAGCGGUUUGGUGUGGCGAAUGUUCGCGUAUUACGAGGGUGUUCGGGGACGAAUGGCGAAAUCUCCUUUUUAGAGAGUAUUUUCUUUUCUAGAGGGAAAAUGAAUUUCCAGAUAUUUUGUUGUUUUCUGUACUGAGAAUACUGCGUCAUACUUCAAAUUUGUUAAUCGUAUCAAUAAACCUCUCUGGGAUACGCAUCAACAAACGAGUUGUAUUGUCAGUACAUCAUUAACAAAUUUGAAACCAUGGAUGGGAAAGAUCCAAUGGAAGGAGAACUUGAGGUAGAAACUGAAAGGAAAAGGACUUUGACCAUGAAGGGAUUAGAGUACAAUAAAGAAAUAAAAUCAAAAGCAAGGCUACGAAUGAUAGAGACACUUAAUACAAAAACUGAAGAGUUGAAAGGGUUAUUACAACAUGAAACAAGUGAUAAACAAACUGUAAAGGGUGUGUACUCAAGCUGGUUGAACAAUUAUGAACAGUUGCUUAUAGCACAUGAACAGUAUAAAAAAUUAUUGAAUGAAACAGAAUUGCACGAUGAUAAUAGUCAAUUUGAAAAUAUAACCAGCGACUAUGCAUAUGUAAAGCAUGAGGCAGAACAAUGGUUUCUGAAAAACUGUAGUGUACGCGAAACAAGUGAACAAUUAGAAACAAAAUCUCAUCAUAGUGGCAGCUCUAGAUCAUCAAGUAGACAUUCAAGUAUUUCGAGUAACUUAUCGAUUGCUAAAAUGAAAGAAAAUCAAAGAAAGGCAGAACUGUUAGCAAGAGCAUCAGCUCUAAAGGAGCAAAGAAAAUUAGAAGAAGCAAAGUUAAGUCUUCAAAUGAAAGAGAAGGAAUUUGAAAUUAAAACUGAAUUACAAGUGAGUGAUGCGCGGACUAAGGUUUUAGAAGACUUAGAAAGAAGCAUGGUGGAUGACCAAUUGCUGGAGGACAAUAUUAAGUUUACCGACCACAAAAUAAAGCAAGAACCACCUAUGGAAUCUCACAUCAUUCAAAAUAAGUAUGUACUAAAUCCAAAUUCUCCUGUGUGGAUUCCAGAACGUUGUGUAUCUACUGCUACUGAGCAAGGUGAAAUCAAAGAUGAUGAAUCAUUCAGUGAACAUGACUUGCAUCAACAUAAUGUAAACAAUGAUGUUAAGAUAGAUAAGGCACAAACUGUUCACGGUUAGUCAAUGUUCAGCAAGGGAUUAAUGAAAUACCUGUUCUACAAACAUCCAGCAUAGUGAAUUCACUGAAUCGCGACAUGAACUCUGUAUCGAAAAUAAUGAAUAAACCAAAAGCUGAAAUCCAAUGUUUUAAAGGCAAUCCAAUCGAAUACAGCACUUUCCUUAGACAAUUUUAACGCUAGAGUUUGUGCAUACACAGAUUCAUACGAGGAACGUCUGAACUUUCUAUUGCAAUAUACAGAAGAUGAAGCACAUAAAAUCGUUCUUGGGUACUCUCAUAUGAACUCUGAAAGUGGAUACAAGGCAGCUUUAGCCGAGUUUCAUGAGCGGUACGGAGACCCGGACAUAAUAGCAAGAGCAUACGUGAAAAGGGCACUUGAGUGGUCUCCAAUCAGACCGGAAAAAGCACAAGAUUUGGAUAAGUUUGGAAUAUUUUUGAGGGAAUGUCAGUUUGCUGUGGAAAGUUUAGAUUCAGUGAGGGUUUUAGAAUACUCCGAAAACUUAAGGCUGCUGGUGCAAAAACUGCCGUAUUAUUUACAUGAAAGGUGGAGGAAUAUAGUGUAUGACAUUAAGAGUAAAAAGGAAGUGGUAAGAUUUGAGCAUUUGGUUGACUUUGUUAGAAAGGAGGCAAAAAAGGCCACGGAUCCAAUUUAUGGUAAAGAAGUACUAAAUACAUCUAAAAACAUCAACUCACAGGAUAAACAGUCAUCAUCUACAAGAGUAAACAGGCCUUACGGAACGCGCAAAACGCUCAUUACUAGUGUUUCAGACAGCGGUGUGAAAGAAAAGCAUCACAAUGAACGCGAAGCAGAAAGCCGGUAUAAACCUGGUUCGGCAUUUAUAAAGCCAUGUUUGUUUUGUCAAGGAUCUCACGAGCUAGAAAAUUGCAAGGAAAUAACAAAAUUACCCUUGAAAGAGAGGUAUGCCUUUCUAAGAGACAAAGGUUUAUGUUUUGCCUGCUUGAGGUCAGGACAUCAAAAAUUAAAUUGUAAAAAAAAAGCAAACUGUAAGACUUGUACCAAGCUUCACCUGACAAUAUUACAUGUGGAACCGCAUCAGGACUCUCCUUUCAAUACAAAAGCAACUGCAACUCAUACAGGGGCUGGAAGUAAAAUACAUCAAGCUUUGCCAAUUGUGCCUGUUCGCCUAAAAGGUAAAAAACAGCUGCAAGUAUGUUGAAACUUAUGCAUUUUUGGACUCGGGGAGUACAGCAUCCUUCUGUACAGAAAGAUUGAUAAGUAAACUGAACGUUCAAGGAAAACGGAAAAGAAUAAAUUUGGUUACUAUGGGUCAAGAAAGCGUUCAAAGUACACAUGAAAUCACUGGACUGGAAAUCAGUGCAUUAAAUGGGGAAAAACACCAUCGAGCUUGGUCCAGUAUUCACACGGA